AGCUUGCAGGGGAAUGGUACAGUCUGGUCUGUAGCUGCUCCAUCAGCUGAUGAUGCUCCUCUGUCUCUGCUCCAGUCUCAGACCUCGCCGCUGUUUGGAAUUACGUCUCACUCUCCGCUCCCCAAAGUGGAUUUAAAAAAAAAAAAGGGGGGGGGAGGAGAGAGCAUGCAGCAAGUCGUCGGGGAAGACUGAUUUACUUUUUUGCCCUACUUGCCCAGAAACCGGGGGGGCUUAUUUCCAGUCAACUUUCCCUUUCACUCACUUCUAUCCCCCCCUCCCCCCCACCCCUGGACCCCCUCAUUGGCUUUCUGGGAAUGGGUUCAAAUUUUAACGAUAUUGUCAAGCAGGGCUACGUCAAGAUAAGAAGCCGACGACUCGGGAUCUAUCAGAGGUGUUGGUUAGUAUUCAAGAAAGCAUCUAGCAAAGGGCCAAAGCGUCUGGAGAAGUUUUCCGAUGAGCGAGCCGCGUAUUUUCGAUGUUAUCAUAAGGUGACGGAACUGAACAAUGUCAAAAACAUCCUCCGACUCCCCAAAACCACCAAGAAACACGCAGUGGGCGUCUUCUUCUCCGAUGACACCUCAAGAACAUUUGCCUGUGAAUCGGAGUUGGAGGCGGACGAAUGGUGCAAGAUUCUGCACACAGAGUGCCUUGGGACUCGGAUCAGCGACAUCAGUUUGGGAGAACCGGACCUGUUAGCUUCCGGAGUGGAGAGAGAGCAGAACGAGAGAUUCAAUGUGUAUUUGAUGCCGUCUCCCAAUUUAGAUGUCCACGGGGAAUGCACGCUGCAGAUCACCUGCGAGAACAUCUGCCUGUGGGACGUACAAAAUCCGAGGCUCAAGCUGGUGUCUUGGCCGCUAAGCUCCCUGCGGAGGUACGGGCGAGACCCAGCCUGGUUCACCUUUGAAGCUGGCAGGAUGUGCGACACGGGGGAGGGCCUCUUUAUCUUCCAAACCAGAGAAGGUGAAGCCAUCUAUCACAAAGUUCACUCUGCAGCGCUGGCGAUCGCGGAACAGCACGAGAGGCUACUGCAGACCGUCAAGAAUUCAAUGCUGCAGAGAAGGAUAAGUGAAAGGACAGUCUCCCUGAACACGAUGGUCCCAUUACCCCGCAGCGCAUACUGGCACCAUAUAACACGACAGCACAGCACCGGCCAGCUAUACAGUCUCCAAGACCUAUCAACACAGAAGCUUCAUAGAACAGACACGUUCCCCACCUACAGAUCUGAGCACUGAUGAAGACUGAAUGGGACUCGUUUUACUCGAUAUAAACUUUUUUUUGGGGGUCUUGAACUGGCAAAUCCGAUUUUCUUAUCUCUUGUGAAUGGCUAGACGUUCAUAGAACAUUACCAACAAGCUGGAAUAUUUAUAUACUCUUCGAUGCAACUUUUUUAGAAAAAAAACAAUCUUUACGAAGAAUGCGCUUUUUUUUUUGCCAUUCGAAGGUAAAACAUUCUCACCACGUUUUGAUCACAUGGAUUGGAGGAGAACGACCUAUCUCGUGUUUAUAUCUCACAUCGUCAUCGCAAAGUGUGUGUUGUAGGUUUUAGCUGGACAACCUGCAUCUCUCUGAACGGGAAAGGCACACACAGGGUUGAAGACCUGUUGGUGGCCACAACCUGCUCUGAGUGUUUGUCUUGCUGUACUUUAUUGUGUUUUUUUUUUGUUUGUUUUUUGUGACAUUCUAAAAUGUUAUUAGAAGUCCUUAACUCUAUUGGAUUUUUUUUUUUGCGCAUGUGCAUUGGGGUUAGUUUUUGGCUCUCCGAAUUCUAAAAUAGAAAAUUCUACCUGCGAUGCAGAAUGUUCCUACACUAUAUCUACCAGUCUCCAUGUUUUAUGCUGAAUAUGGCAAAACUAUAGGAGAAUCACAUUACUAAUCAUUUUGUGCCAGAUUCUCGUAGAAUCUGCGGCGGCGUAGCGUAAGCCAUUUACACCACGCCGCCGCAACUUACUGGAGC